UUGACUAAUCAACAACUGCUCUGCCUUGUGUGAAACAGAAAGUUAAGAACUGUCAGAUGAUACCAGAGCGUGGUGGUGUUUGCAGGUUUCAGUCAGCUGUAACAGAGUGGGAAAAAAGAAGUACAGACGGCUGAGAGAUGGGAAAAAUCUAUCAAGUCAUGCUUCACGGGCUAAGAGGGGAGAAGAUUAAUAUUGACCUCUGCAACACCGAGGAGCAGAUGCAGAAAAUGACGGUUCGACAACUGAAAGAAAAGAUCGCAGAGAAGCUCCCAGAGACAGCAGGACUGGAAAAUGUGCGUCUAAUCUUUACAGACAAGCAACUGGAAGGAGACUCAUCCCUGCUGUCUGAGUAUGGAAUUCAGCACAUGUCCGUCAUCCAGCUGGUGCUCAGGGUCCCUGGAGGACAGACUGCAUACUGAGACCCUCAUCAAGAUGCUUUCUUUAAGGGCUGCUGCUGCUGAUGCCCGUGGGAGGGACUUAUGACGAUCUAAAAUGUGUUUACAAAAAGAUAUGCUGUUGUUUGUUUGUGUGUUUGUUAGUUUUUUAAUACACUUACACCUUACACUGUUAUAAACACCAGCUGUUGUUAAUGUUGAUGGGUUUAAUUUAAGUCUCGUUAGAGGCUCUGUUGUCUUUGAAAAACUUUAGUGUAUUAAAAAAAAACAGGGGGCCUAUUCAAGAACUCUGCUACUGGGGAUACAACAAGACUGUCAGACUUUGUUAAUAACCCUUUUCAAAUCAUAGGGGUAGUUUAGGGGAAAUGAUAUAAGAUAUAAGAUAAAUAAAGAUGAAAAUGUGCAUAACAAA